AUGGCAUUUGUAUUUAAGGCCACCGGAAGGGAUUCCGGCCGACCGCAGACAUCCUCUUCCCCGUCUGCCGGCGCGAAGAAAGGCCUUUCCCCGCUCGGCAGCCCCGAGCAGCCCCCUGGCGGUGAAGCGCCUGUGUCUGCCCAGGCGACGAGUCGUCUCCGUUCCGCCGGCGCCACACCUACGCCCGCGUUAACCCCUCACAUGAAGCGCACUCCGUCCUCGUUGUCGGGCUCGCCGUUAGCGCCCAAGUAUGGCGAGGGAGCGUCAUCUAUUUUAACGGCCGCCGGUGGACGGGCCGGCAAUCCGUCAAGCACAGCAGCACGCCGUGGAGGAGCCACUGGCGGCGGCGAUGGCGGCAUCCGCGGCUCCCCUUCGCCGUUCUCGCUGCGUCGACCCGCCCUGAGUGCAAGCGGUAGUGCGGGAGAUAGUCCGGGAGGAGAUGAUGGUGUUCCCUCCGGUGCUGGUGCUGGUGCUGGUGAUGGUGGUGGUGGUGGUGGUGGUGGCUCGGAGAGGGACGGAAGUGGGACGACGGACAGCAGUGUGGGGAGUGGGAUACUCACCGCCGCCGAUAUUUUGGCAUAUCGCGCUACUAGUAGCUCAACGCGCAAAGGAUCGCUGCACGCCGGUCAGAGUCGCUCCGCGCACCGCCAGCGCCACGAAGACCAAAGUGCGCAUGGGCACUUGCCUCGACACCGCCAGCAGAAGUCGCUGGACGAUCAUGAGUCGCUUUCAUUCCGUCAGGGUUUCCGUCAUGGGCCGGGGCUAGGCGGGAGUCCCAGCAGCAAUCGCGUGGCGCAGCCUUCAAAAGAGGCAGCGGCCGCUAAGUCCGCCCACAGGCCCGCUGCCGUGGCGGCGACGACGGAUGCCGCGUCGAGUGCUGGUUCGGUGGCUUCUGACUCAUCCGACGUCAGCACCCGAGCCUCUGAGUCAGCCUCGGCCAGUCGUCGUGGCGGCCAUGCGAGCCCGCGUGCGAAGCCGAUGGACGCUCGUCACAACUCGUCGUCGUCGCUAUGGAGGUCACCAUCCGCGUCGUUCCCCUCUCCCCCUGCUGCAUCUGCUGCCGCCGCGUCAGCAGGCGCGAAGUCAAGAGGCGAGGCGGGCGCGUCGCCGUUGUCAGCAAGAGCGCCACAGCAAGCGGCAGCCCGCGCCAUGAUGCUGCGACGGUCACGUAGCUUCUCCACGUUCUCGCGGCCCCCUGCUACCGGUGCGCCUGCUACGACCGGCGCGAUUGCUGGAGCUAGUUCCGCGGACGGCAGCAACAGUGGCGCUCAUUCCGCGUGCAGCAGCGCUGUUUCCGCGUGCGCCUCUGGCGGUAAACGGAACGAGAGGGAUGGCGGAGGCGGAAGCACGAGCACGAGCAACAAGCUGCUUCGAAGCCACAGCGUCGAGGGCAGCUGCGACGUGGGCGGCGAGAGUGCGGGCGAUAGCAACGCGCUGUUUGGUCGGGCGGGAGGUGCGAGCAGCAAGAGCAGCAGAGUCAAGGGGGCCCGUUCGCGAUACUGUCAUCCUCGAUACGCGCAACAGCACCAUCUCGACGCGCCGUCGUCGGCUGGCAGUGCAGCCUCGGCGCGCCGAGCGGGAGCGGCGUGGAACGUGGUGGACGCGCAGAUGGCGGAUUGGGGCUUGCUGGCAGGAAUUGGGGCCACGGGUGAUGCUCCUCGCGCGGAUUCUGGUCCUGCUGCUUCUGCUCGCACAGCUCGUAGCGCUCGCGCGGGUUCUGGAGCGAGUGAGCGCAGCGGCUCUACUCCUACUGGGAGCCGCCCCGCGCUCUCGAGGUCGCGAUCGGGAUUGAGUACGGCGGUGUUUCGCCGACUGUCGUUCUCGUGCGAGGGCGACGAGGCGACUGGCGAGGAGUGCGGGCUGGUCACCGAGAGUCACAGUGAGGAGGAGCAGGAAGGGGAGGGUACGGGAGGAGGCAGUGCGAGGACGACCGCACUUGCUGCUUCGGAUUAUGAUGAGCUUUAUGGGACGGGAAGGGUGGCGCGAGGCGACAUGGCGUCGCGCGGGCUGGACUGCCGGUGGUGGGACAAGAUCCGAGACGAGCUCGACGCACUCCGCGCGUUGGUGGAGGAAUCCGCGAGCACUGCGGCCCGCUCGCACCCAGCUGCCACCACUGCAGCUACUGUCGCUCCUCCACAAGCAUCACCUGGGCAGGAUCAUCGUCAGUCCCCACGCUUACGUCGAGGCAUGUUGAAACCAAGCACGAAGGGGGACGAGCAAGCACCACUGCUUGCAACCAACGCUGGCGGUGGUGCGGUGCUUGCGUGGCUGGGGCAUGCGAGGCGCGAACUGGAGAGCAUUGUUGGAGGGCGAGCGGGGGGACGUGGCGUGGAGUGCGGUGAUGGAGAACAUGCGCAGUUCAUCCGUCUGCCAGCCUUCUCCUGGGACGCCCUUGCUGAAGGGCCCUCUGGUGUCGUCCUGGGGAGACGGGCCAUUCGCAUUCAGCAGCAGCGCAGCCACACACACACGAAUUCAGAGACAGCAACAGAGGCUGCAGCAGGCGAGACUAAGGAAGGAGCGGUGGAAGCAGCAGAAGGUGCAGCAGGCGACAGUGAGUCAGUGGACGCCGCCAGCUUACAGCAGGCCACACUCCCUGCCAGGAGCAUUACAGAAGACACUGCUCCACACGCCCAAGCACACCUCCCUGCGCCUGUGCCUCCUGCUCUUCGUACCCCAGCGGCACUGCCAUCGGCAGGGGGGUGGCUGGGCCGGCCCAGAGGGAAGCCAAGCGGUGCUGGCUUGAUUGGUGCGAGGGCAGCAGGAGGAGGAGGGAAAAGAGCCGGGGAGGUGGUUCUUUUAGGGAGGGGGAAAGAGGAGCACCUGGAGAACCAUAUGGUGAGGUUCUGGGCGCGGGAGAGGGGGUACCUACACAUGCUGGGCCUGCCAUCGUCGCACCAAGGCGCUGCCGUGGGGCAUGCACAAGGCGCUGCCGUGGGGCAUGCACAAGGCGCCGGUGUCACCAGUGGGGCCCACAAAGGCGCGGACGAGAGGCAAGCUGAUGGCUCUUUUGAGACUCAAUGCUUGGGAUUGAGCACUCAUGGCCGUUUGGCGCCUAUGACUUGUGCUGUGGCGGGUGCUGCUUCUGAUGUCGCUUCGCAUGCUAGCCGCCCAUUCCAGGGUGCUUCCAUUCCCCCUCCCAUGAGUGCAUCUCAGCACUCCUGCUUAUCCUCUACCGCCGUCCUCCCUCCUGCGCGUCCUCCGAACUAUCUUCAUCUUCAGCAGCAGCAUCGCAUGCCCCCCCGUGCCACCUCACGCCCUCCUGCCCUCUGCCCGUCUGUUGGCACCUCCCUGCUGCACCCAGCACUGCGCCACUCCAGGCUGGCAGGUGCAAGCCGUGUGCAGGGAGAGACUGCUGCUGCUGCUGCUGCUGCUGCUGAUGGUUCUGCUGCUGCUGCUGUGGGGAAGAAUGCUGCUGACGGUCUUCCUUCAACAGCAAGAGCAGCAGCAGGCGAACUCCCUGCUAUGCACACCACGGUGGCAACACAGGGGGAUUGUGUUGUGAGCAGCUCAUGUGCUGAUGGUGAUGCUGCUCGCACUUGUACUGUGGUGGGCACACAGGAGGGUGGGUUGGUGGAGGACACGGGGGGCGAGGAAGAGAGUGUGGAUGCAGAACGCAGUGCAGGGGAGUGCACGAGGCAGGAGGGUGGGGAAGACGAGGUGCAGUUGGCAGCAGGUGACGGCAGUGGCGGCAGUGGCGGCAGUGGUGGCAGUGGCUGCAGUGCAGGUGUGGGUGAUGGCGCUGUGGAGGACGUGCCUUGGCAGCAGCAGCAGGUGGAGGGGCAGCUUGGGGGUGAGGUGGAGGCGGCCCUUGCAGCACAGGGCAGUGCGGUGGAAGGCAUGCACGGCAGUGAUGGCAGCAGGCAGGGAGGCGGUGAGGAAGAGGCGCUGGGGUUGACGAGCAGGGGGAGUGAGGUGGUGGUGUUGGGGAGUGGAGAGGGAGGGGAUGGUCGGGGUGGUGGAGGGAGCAGGGGGGACGGCGACAUGUGGGGUGAUACGAUGCUUGGUAGCAGGGUGCAGCGAGGGAUGGGUCGUGGGACCAGUGGUGGAGGUGGUGGGACUUUCUUGGGUGGAAAUGAUGCGAGUGGAAUUGUGCUGCUGGCGCAUGUGAGGGUGCCCUUAUCCGCGCUGCACGUGGUGCUGCUAGUGGCGCGCCCGUCUCUCCUGGCGCGCUGCCUCACUGCCUUCGCAGGGAUCAUCUGGGGGCCACGACCCUGGCGCUUGGGGGCACGCGAGGACGACAGGCGAGGGGAGAGGGGAAGGGGGGAUGAGUGGGGGAGGGCGGAUGGGCAUGGUGACGGCAUGGAGAGGGAGGGAGGGGGCCGCAGGUUUCGACUGCUCCUGUCAAACGGACCAAGCACGCCACCGCGUACACAGGCGAUUGAACAGGGGCGGAUCGAGGGAGACGGUGAGGGUGAGAUGGAGGGAGAGGCAGGGGGACACACGAGCGUGCAAGAGCACGAGCAGGUGCCUCUUGCAGCAACUCCUCCUCCCAUCACACCCGUUGCUUCCUCACCCAUGCCAUGCCUCCCUGCACCUGCUGCCACCACACGCACACACCAACCCUGCACGGUUCUCGCCCCUUUGCCUGCAAACCCCGCACUGCCUGUGGGUGGACCUCCCGUGGCUGUUCCACACACCCCACCACCUUCACCACUUCCCAUCUCCACGCCGCCAUCAUCACUUACACUCUUGACAGCAGAAUCUGAUGCAGCAGCACCAUCUCGGCGACCGCACCACCACCCUGAUCUCAAACCAGUCAACGAGCAGCAACCACACCGAAUGCAUUCCCAACGAUUCCCUCACCGCUCUUCCUCUCUGCCAUCGCACACAUGCCAUCCUCUCCCCCACCUGCCCAUCGUGCUGCCAGCAUCAGCAUGCGUGCCGCACGUGGGCCUGGCGCAGCAGCUGAGCGUGGUGGCGUGGGAGCGCGUGCUGGCGGCCAUGGCGGAGGGCAGGCAAGUGGAUGCCGCCCUCUGGAUGACCUGCCAGGCGCUCCUUGCUGCCACCCUCGCUGCUGGCUCCAUGCUGGGCAGGUGCGCGUGA